CCCGCGCCGCCGGCCCGCGCCCCGCAGCGCCCGCGGGGAGCCAGCUGUGGGCGGCUGCUCUUGGUGUACGUGCCAGGGCUGCGGGUACAGCUGGCGAGCUGGCGGUGCACAGGGACAGCUUCGUGCGCCGACCGCCCCGCAACCGUGAGAGCCCGGAGCGCUCAGCAAAAGGAAGGCGAUGUUGAUGCUGGAUUGCAGUUCAGAGUCUGGUGGUUUCAGCAAUCUGUUCGAGGCAGGAACGAGUGUGAACGCACCUGCAGAUGCCUUUGGUCAGUCUCCAGCUCACUUGGCUGCUUGUGGUGGUGAAGCUUUUUUCCUACUUUGGCAACUGCAGACAGGAGCAAAUUUGAACCAACAGGAUUGCCUCGGAGAAGCCCCAAUUCAUAAAGCAGCCAAAGUUGGGAGUUUGGAAUGUCUUGCUCUCCUUGUCGCUGGUGAUGCCAAAAUUGACUUGUGCAACAACAGGGGACAAACAGCAGCAGAUCUUGCACUGGAUUAUGGCUUUCUGGAAUGUGCCAAGUUCCUCACCACAGUUCAGCACACUCAGACAAUGAAACUGAGAGGACAGUCUGUCCACUCACUAAGUGACAAAUGUGGCCUGCUGAGAGAGGAUCCACCUGCACAUAAACAAGAAAGUGAAACUAGCAGAGCCAUAAGCAGGAAGAGGAGGAGAUCAGAUGAUCUUCACUCCUUGCUGACAAAAGAAGCAAUUUGAAAUGCCAAAAUGAAAUCAAGGGGAGUCCAAAUUCUGGAGAAACAUGACUGGACUGUGCACUAAGCAGCUGGAUGUAUGCUGGUACAUGGUCUCCUUCUGAGAAGGAGGAAAGCUAAUUUAUUUUUACUUCUUACAGAAGACUUUUUUUCCUAGAAUAGUGGUAUUCAUAAAAUUAUAAAUAAAUGAGCAUAGAAAAAUCAA